AUGGCAAACGGAGGGGACCAGUUCGGCCUUGCAGAGCCUCCGGACUCUGACUCCAUGGAUUCCCCAAAAGAAAUCAAACUGAAAAAUCCCAGCUACACCUUAAACUCACCAGCUUCACCGCAGAAAGCGUCCAGUCAGCAGGUACCGGCCUGUACGGCGGACCAUAAUGGGAUGGAAGGAAUCAAAGUUUUCCUCCACGACCGGGAACUUUGGACAAAGUUUGAUGAAGUGGGAACUGAAAUGAUCAUCACCAAGGCUGGGAGGAGGAUGUUCCCCAGUUACAAGGUGAAGGUCACAGGACUCAACCCGAAAACAAAGUAUAUACUCCUGAUGGACAUUGUGCCCGCGGACGACCACCGCUACAAGUUUUCAGACAACAAAUGGUCAAUAACGGGAAAGGCAGAGCCCGCGAUGCCCGGGAGGCUCUACGUCCACCCGGACUCCCCCGCCACCGGAGCUCACUGGAGCCGCCAGCUCGUCUCUUUUCAGAAGCUCAAACUCACGAACAACCACCUGGACCCCUUUGGACACAUAAUACUCAACUCCAUGCACAAAUACCAGCCUCGCCUUCACAUUGUCAAGGCUGACGAGAACAACGGCUUCGGCUCAAAAAACACGGCUUUCUGCACCCACGUCUUCUCUGAGACUGCCUUCAUCGGUGUGACGUCCUACCAGAACCACAAGAUUACACAGCUGAAGAUAGAGAAUAACCCUUUUGCGAAGGGCUUCAGAGGCAGCGAUGACAAUGAGCUGCACCGCAUGGCCAAGCUACAAAGUAAGGACUACCCCGUGGUACCUCGCAGUACUGUUCGUCAGAGAGCCUGUUCGACAGGCAGUCCCUUCAGUGGGGAGGGUCGGGGUCUGCAUGGAUCUCCCGAAGCUGUCGGAUCUCCCUACAGCUGCGAGAACGGCUUGAGCAGCGGCAGUCCCCAGGAGCUGCUGAGGGCUCCCCCUGCACACUACACCCUUCCUCAUCCUCAGCUGCAGCCCGGCCAACAGCCGCAGGUCUACCACUGCACCAAGAGGAAAGUGGAGAACUGCUCUUCAGGAAACCGGCAGCACCCGUACAAGAAACCCUACACCAGAAGCUCUCCGAGUGAGGGCGAGUCUUACUAUCACCCCUCCUCCUAUCCUCCUCCUCCACCCGGUCUAUCCAACAACCAACUCACUGACUCCCCCUUCAGCUCAGACAUGGGACAGCGUCAGGCCUGCAUGUUUGCCGGAGCCGAGCCCAGACUGGAUGAACUCAACCGUGCACCCUGGUCGUACACCUGCCCGCUGUCCUCUGCCAUGACCCCAAUGGAAACCUACCCACCUUACACCCCUCAUCCUCCCUACAGCUCCAGUCCGCAGGGUUCCCGACUCAGCGCUUUGGCCCACCAGAGCUCUCCGGCGCUUGGAGAACACAUCACCCACGACCCCUAUCAGAGCCAGAGCUCUGGACCUUCAUCUCAGAGCUCCCAAAACAUUCACAGCAGGCAGCUGAGCCCUCCUCUCAGAGAGUAUCCACGCUACACGCCCAACCUGUCUCCUCCUCUCUACCACACACUAGAAACACACACACACAUCAGAUGUGGCGUCCCCGAAUGGAGUGCAGCCUCCUAACUGAACCAGAGGACACAUACAAAAGACUGACAGAGAUUCCUCGUCUCAAAUUCAGUGACCCUUGUUUUUGCUUCGCUGAAAGAUGCCACGCCAUAUACGGACUGAAUAUGAUAUGACCUUUGUAACAUUUUUGUGAAAAGUGAUUUUGUGCCGUGUGGAGAAGUGUCAUCUGUUCCUCAUGUGUGCCCCCUGUGAUGGAUGGAGCAGUGAAUUGUGAAAGACUGGAUUUAGACAUCCAUGAAGUGUUGAAAGAAAAAAAAGAGUC